CCAUGUGUAUUUACAUAUCAUAUCAAAAUAUCCGAACAGAUAUUGUACAACACGUGUUCCAAAGGUCAAUAAUCGGCGCUACCUUGGAACAUAGUUGUAAAUAAUUUAUGGGAUGAGUGUUGAUCAUUCCAAAAGUUACGGUUUGCAGUAAAAUACUGGAAAAUCAUGUCUUUAAAAUUGUACGCAACACUCGGAAGUCCACCAGUUCGAAGUACGUUACUGACAAUUGCAGCGUUGGGAUUAAAGGAUAAAGUGAAGUUAAUUCCUGUGGAUUUAUUCAACUUUCAAGACCAUUUAAAGCCGGAAUUUGUUGCUAAAAAUCCACUUCAUACAGUUCCAGUUUUAGAGGAUGGCAAUUUUACGCUCUGGGAUAGUCACGCCAUCAACUCCUAUUUGGUUAAUAAAUAUGCAACGGAUGAUGCUUUAUAUCCAAAAGACAUCCAGAAAAGAGCCUUAGUGGAUUCCAUGGCGCAUUUUGACACAGGCUAUUUAUUCGGAAGAGGAGUGCGAAUUAUUAAAGCAGUAUUAACCCAAGACAACUCAGUAAACCUGGACCAAUUGAAAGCAGAUCUCCAAGAAGCAUACGGCCUUCUGGAGCUGAUUUUGAACAAAAGAAAAUUUGUUGCCGGCGAUAGUAUGACUAUUGCUGACUUUAAUAUUGUGGCAACAUUGUCCACUACUGAGGUGGUUGUGCCCAUGGAAAAAGAAUAUCCAAGAAUCGAUGCGUGGUAUGCGAAAAUGAGGCAGCUGCCUUAUUAUGGUAUUAAUGUAAAAGGUGUCGAACUGUUCAGGACAGUUUUUAGUAUGCUAAUAUCUAAAUUAUAGGAAAAAUUGUAAUUUUUGUUUUACUGAAUACACUUUGCUAUAAAAGUAAA